CUAGAAUUCUGGGCACUGGACGGCAUCAUGGUGGACACGGGGAGCGUGAGAGCAUCACGCAGAGAGGGGGUGGGAGGGUGGCAUUGGGCCAGACACAAUUCUGGAAAGAAGAAGGAGGCUUAUCAAAAGCACCAGGGAGGAGUAAAUGAAGAGGUUUUUCCUUGAGUGAAUUUGGACCGUCUCAGGAUGACUGUCACUUAUUCCAGUAAAGUGGCCAACGCCACCUUCCUCAGCUUCCACCGGCUGCUGCUGCGCUGGAGGGGGAGCAUCUACAAGCUGCUGUACCGAGAGUUUCUCCUGUUUGCUCUGCUCUACACCAUACUCAGCCUCAUUUACAGACUCGCCCUCUCUGAGCAGCAGAAGAGGCUGUUUGAGAAACUGUCCAUCUACUGCGACCGAUACGCCGAGCAGAUACCUGUCACCUUCGUCCUGGGUUUUUACGUGACUCUGGUUGUGAACCGAUGGUGGAACCAGUUUCUUAACCUUCCAUGGCCCGACAGACUCAUGUUCCACAUCUCCAGCUGUGUUCAGGGUAAAGAUGAAUACGGCCGCCUUCUGCGCCGAACGUUGGUGCGCUACAUCAACCUGACCUCACUCCUCAUUUUUCGCUCUGUCAGCACCGCCGUCUGCAAGCGAUUCCCAACCAUCGACCAUGUGGUUGAAGCAGGCUUCAUGACUCCAGAGGAGAGGAAGGUGUUUGAGAACAUUCGUUCUCCUCACCUGAAGUACUGGAUUCCUGUUGUCUGGUUCUCCAACCUGGCAUCCAGAGCGCGGCAGGAAGGACGCAUCCAAGACGCCAUCGACCUGCAAAAUAUUCUCAAUGAGAUGAAUACCUUCAGGACGUGGUGUGCAACUCUUUUUGGCUACGACUGGGUCGGCAUCCCGCUGGUUUACACUCAGGUCGUCACUCUUGCGGUAUACACCUUCUUCUUCGCUUGUAUCAUCGGUCGUCAGUUUCUUGACCCCGCUCAGGGUCACCCUGGCCACGACCUGGACCUCUACGUCCCCGUCUUCACUCUGCUGCAGUUCUUCUUCUACUCAGGCUGGCUGAAGGUUGCAGAGCAGCUCAUCAAUCCAUUUGGAGAAGAUGACGAUGACUUUGAAGCAAACUGGAUCAUCGACAGAAACCUUCAGGUGUCUCUGCUGGCUGUGGAUGAGAUGCACAUGAACCUUCCCCACAUGACCAAGGACAUCUACUGGAACGACAGCGACGCUCGCCCUCCGUACACGCUGGCUGCUGCAGAUUACUGCAUCCCAUCAUUCCUGGGCUCCACCACAGACAUGGGACUCUCUGACAUCCUGGAGUUUGACGACAACAAUCUCCCUCCACAUCAGCCGGACUCCUUUCUGCCUCGGCGACAAGAGUCGGUUCUUGGUCGAGUCCGACGCCUGCUCAGCGUUCAAGAGCCGCCCGACCUCAAAGAUCCUCGACCGGUUUUUAAAAGACACAGCAGUGACGCGACAGGGAGCUUCUUCCCGGACUUCAGGGUUAACCAGGGACUGUUGGACACAGCACCGCCCGCCUCCUUAGCCAUGGACACUCUCUCCACCUUACGGGAGGUCAGCAGCAACCAAGCUUCACCCGGGAGCUCGUCCUCAAUCAUUUUCCCUCGACUGGUGGUCAGCCCGCCGUUGCUCUGCGACACUAAUGAAGAAAGCGUAGGCAAACAUCAGAAUGGCUUUGGCUCCUCCCCCCCUGGAGAUGCACCAAGUUUGGAAACUCUGAGUAUUUCCCGGAAAAGUUCCAACUGUUGUUCCCCAACUCAGCUUGGACCCAAAGAGUUCCGCUGGACGCCCCUCCAUGUCAAGAACCGGCUUGCAUCCCGCCCCCGGGGGCGUCAGUUUUCGCUUCAGUUUUCCAGGCAGACAUCAAAGGCCUCCAUCCGAAGCCUCCCAAGCCCAAAGGCCCUGGGGCGGCGAAGACGUGGCCUGAGUCGGCUUCAGUCACGGCGUUUUGCCGGUCCCACUGCCGACAAGCUCCAUCUGCCGGAGCAGGAUUCCGACCACGACUUCCAAGCAACAGCAGGGGAUGAAGAAGAAGAGGAGGAGGAGGAGAAAGAAGAACACAACAGCAGUGAAGAAGUUACAAACGGACAAAGUUCAGGAACAAAAUGACCGCCUCACAAACUCAAACAGCCAAACUCCAAGCUGACUGUUCACUUUACCGAACAAUUUGGUGAAAAACAUCUCAAUUAGAUUUCAGUUUUGUUUUCAUUCUUUAGUCCCUUGAUGACAUGCUCUAAAACCUUUUUUUUAAGUUGCCGCUAAGACAAGCAGCUCAGGAAAAACUUGAAGUUAAUUUCAUGUUGAGUGUUUAAAGCUCCUACAAAAACAGCACUUUUUAUGAAGAGUUUUAAGGAUGUAAGGACAUAUUUUUUAAUGACGGAACACCAAAGUACCCAAAAAAUCACCCCAGAGUUUCAGAAACAUCCAGAACAGAACUGAAGAACAUUUGUUUCUUUAAUAAAGCAGAAACUCAUUUAA